ACCUUUUGGCUAUGAUUGGUCGCCGGAUUUCGAUCGUUCUAGAGAGUGGGGGUGGGGGACGUUUCCGGCGCGGCGCUGUGACGUAUGCUCUGGGUGCCGAGGUGUCCGGCGGUCGGCCGGGUAAAGCAGAUUGUGGGAGAUGGCGGAGUAUCUGGCCUCCAUUUUCGGUACCGAGAAAGACAAAGUCAACUGUUCUUUUUAUUUCAAAAUUGGAGCAUGUCGUCAUGGAGACCGGUGUUCUCGACUGCAUAAUAAACCAACAUUUAGCCAGACCAUUGCCCUCUUGAACAUUUACCGUAACCCUCAAAACUCUUCCCAGUCUGCUGACGGUUUGCGCUGUGCUGUGAGCGAUGUUGAAAUGCAAGAACAUUAUGAUGAAUUCUUCGAGGAAGUCUUUACAGAAAUGGAAGAAAAAUAUGGCGAAGUAGAGGAGAUGAAUGUCUGUGAUAAUCUUGGUGAUCAUCUGGUUGGAAAUGUAUAUGUCAAGUUCCGACGUGAAGAAGAUGCAGAAAAGGCUGUGAUUGACCUGAACAACCGCUGGUUUAAUGGACAGCCAAUUCAUGCUGAGCUUUCCCCUGUGACAGACUUCAGAGAAGCUUGCUGCCGUCAGUAUGAAAUGGGGGAGUGUACACGGGGUGGUUUCUGUAACUUUAUGCAUUUGAAACCUAUUUCUCGAGAGCUGCGACGUGAGCUGUAUGGUCGCCGCCGCAAGAAGCAUAGAUCCAGGUCAAGGUCCCGUGAGCGUCGCUCGAGAUCCAGAGAUCGUGGUCGUGGUGGAGGUGGCGGAGGAGGAGGAGGAGGAGGAGGUCGAGAGCGUGAUAGAAGGCGGUCGAGAGAUCGUGAAAGAUCGGGGCGAUUCUGAGCCAUGCCAUUUCUACCUUGUCUGUUAGAAAGUGUUGUAGUUGAUUGACCAAACAGUUCAUAAUGGAAUUUUUUUAAAAAGAUGGGCUUCUGAAUAAAAAUUUGUAGUGAUACAGUUCCUUUUUUUUCAUAACUGGUUUCUUACGGAAUAAACUAUCAUUUCUCUGACAAAUAACUGGGGUAGAAAUUGUGAUGUACUGCAGAUCAGCCAGUUUCUGCAUUUGUAUAAGAAUGAAAUUGUUUGUGUAUAUAAUAUAAAAUAUUGCAUAUACUAACAAUUUCAUCCAUAUUCAACUACAAACUAUAUACAUGAAAAAUAGAGUCAUUUUAAGUUUCUUUCUGUCUGCUUAUUUAGGUUAGUUUAGACACAUCUAAAGGAAAGAACAUUUCUUAAAUCAGUCAGAAUGCUUAGUUGCAUAAAAAUGUAUGUUUCUUUCAUUAAUAAGAAAUUUGUGCUCUGUGAAUGUGACAUUUACAAUAAAUCCAGUUUUUGACUUAAA